GGUGAAGGUCGAAAUAUCGGGAAGUGCGAAAUUUUGUCAACAUUCGUCCGAUUUUCUCUCAAAAUGAACCGAUUGUUUGGUACGUCAAAGGCUAAGAAGCCUCCACCGAAUCUUUCGGAUAGUAUCAACAAUGUUGAUAGUCGAGCGGAUUCUGUAGAUAAGAAGAUUGCUCGUCUUGAUGCUGAGCUGAAGAAAUAUAAAGAUCAGAUGAAGAAAAUGAGAGACGGACCUUCAAAGAACAUGGUCAAGCAACGUGCACUGAGAGUUUUGAAACAGAAAAAAACAUAUGAAUCACAGAUGGAAAAUUUACGGAAUCAAUCCUUCAACAUGGAACAGCAAAAUUUUGCCAUCCAGACAGUCAAAGACACAAAAACUACUGUUGACGCCAUGAAAUUAGGAGUAAAAGAAUUCAAGAAGGAGUUUAAAAAGGUCAACAUAGAUCAAGUUGAGAACUUACAAGACGACAUGGAGGACAUGUUAGAUCAGACAAAUGACAUCCAAGAAGCUCUGGGGCGACAGUACGGCUGUCCUGAUGACCUUGAUGAAGAUGACCUUGAGGCGGAGCUUGAUGCGCUUGGAGAUGAGCUUGCGCUGGACGAAGAUUCAAAUUAUCUUGACGAGGCGAUUGGUGCACCAUCAAUACCAUCGAAAGAACCAGGAGCAGACAGUGUAGCAGCGGAUGGUGUUAAAAUGGACGAGUUUGGUCUGCCAGAAAUUCCACAAAAAGCACAGUAGCAGAUUCUUUAGUUCAAACUCAAAGGACAAAAGACAUUGUGUUCAAAUUGGCUUCUGAGUAGGCCAGGACUGAAGGAGUCUAUACAGGCAAAAGUUCCCAUCAAUCCUUCAUAGAAUCUAUGACAAAGAUUUACCAUCAAAGAUUCUACCAUGGGCCUAUCAAUGAUUCGAUGAUGGUAAGUUUUGCCUGUGUAGGCCUCCAGAUUGUUAGGGCUAAUCUUCAAGACUAUGAUGAAUAUCGGAAUGGAGUUUCAUAUCAAAUAAUAUGAUUGCCAGAAUUUCUGUGGAUGUCCACAUUUCAUUGGUUGGUUGUGACUGAGAUAGCAAAAGUCAACGAGUAGAGAUCCUUUCAGGGUGUCAGUCAUGUUCCUCCAGCAUCGAUGAAAAUGGUAUGCCUGAUGUUAUAAUUUGUAACAAGUGCUUCUGGGUGUUCAAUGAGCCAAUGAGUAAUUCAGAGAGAGCUAUCAGGAUGAUCAGUACGUAUUUCAUCUGGAAUGAUUCUCAGGAAUAUCUUAGAAUAUCCUUGAAUAUGUCUUAGUUAGCUGCAAGAUUGUGACAAUGUAAAUAAAGUAAUUCUGGAACUCCUCUUGUAAGUUGUGCAUUAUCAUUUUGGUAUUCUAUGUAAAUACGAUAAGUGUCUAAUACACGUAGUGCUAUCAUAAUCUUUUCUUUGUCAUCUGUGUCAUAUACAUGUACGCAGUUGUUUGUGCUACAUUCUAUCCUCAUCCUUUCUUUAUACCAUGUAAAUAGUCCUGACAUUUAUGUGGCAGUGUGUCAGUUAUGAGCCACCUGACAUCGUCGCCUCGUGCCAGCAUCUUAAAGGGAGACUAAAGGCAAAAGCUAGUGAGUCCAAGCUGACAUCGUCAGGUGGCUAAUCCGCACAGUUGGUGUCCUGGGUCCUGUUUGACUCCUCCUACUGGGUACAUGUAAAUUAUGUUCCUGGUUCAAGCAUACAUGUAGUCUAAGCUUUGUCAGUACGUACAUUCACUAUUACUUGUUCAUACAUGUAGAAUAUUUAUCAUAAAUACAAUGACCUAAAUUGUA